GAACCAUUUCGCUCCAGCUUCUUUGCUUAGUGACACAAAAGUCCUCGGACGCGCCGACGCACCAAAAUUUCAACCCCACAUGCCCGACCCCGCUAGCGCUGUGCUGCUGAUCGGCGUGGGCGGCUGUCUGUGCGAGUAUGUGGCUUGGUUGCUGCAGCUGGCGCGAGACGCAGCGGCUGAUAACAAUGGCGCGGGUGUCGGGCUCGCAGCACAUCGGUCUUCGCGGUCUCGGCGGUCAACGGCUGCUGCUUCUGCGGGCGCUGCGGCGGCUGCAGGCGCCCGGGGUGGGGCCCUAGCAGGCGCCGCGACCACUGCGGCCCCUGUGGCAGUAGCAGCAGAAGCAGACGGCCCGGCCACGGCUGUAGCAGUAGCCGGGGCAGCAGCAGCAGCAGCGGCAGCGGCCGGGGGUACCGGGGGAGGUGCGCUCUUCGGCCCUAGAGGCCCGGGGGCAGCGACGACGGCAGGCGGGGGCCGUGCGGCUGGCCCCCUUUCCCUGGCGGCAGUGGCAGCGGCAGCGGCAGCACCAGCGGCAGUGCCGUACCCUGCUGAUGGGUGCAGGCUGAGACAGCGGCACCAGCAGCAGCAGCAGCAGCAGCAGCUGCAGCUGCACCAACGGCUGCAGCAGGGGAUGACGGGAGCGGAGGUGGACGCAGCAGAGGUGGAUGCGGCGGAGGUGGCAGCUGUCGCCAAGGCACUCGGGUUGGCAGUAGUACCACGGCGGCCACGGCCAUCGGCAGUAGCAGCAACAGCAUCCGCGGCAGAAGAACCGGCAGCAGCACCGGCAGUAGCAGCGGCAGUAGCAGCUCCCAUCGCCCCCGGGGCCCCUGCGGCGGGGGUGGCCCUGCUGGCGGCGCGGCGGCUGGCGGCGGCGGAGCUGCGGGCUGCCGCCAGCCGCCGCCGCCACCGCGCACGUGACGGCGGCGGCUACUGCUUUCCCUUCCCCUGCCUCGACAGUAGCAGUGACGCUGGCGACCGCGGCGGCGGCGGCGGCGGCGGGUGCUGCUGCCGGCUGUGCUCGGCUUUAUGUGGGCUGCUGUGCAGCGCCCCUCGUGUCGAGGGCGCGGCGGGGUUGGGGCUGCUGGAGAGGCUGUAGCAGCAGGAUGGGUGGCGAGGCGCCGGCGGCGGGUUUUCAGGGUUGGGUGCGUGUGCGCGUGUGUGUUUGUGGCGGCACUCAUUACGAAC